GUUGCAACCUAGCAAAGGCCAACUCUAGAGAGAGAAAAGGGUUCCACAGCGGCAGCCGCUCCCCCUUUCUCUCUCUCCCCCUACGCUGGCUGCUGCCGCUGCAGGCUGCACCCUAAAGCAGCAGCCCUUUCCACCUCUCCUCUUCCUGCCACCCCCACACCGCCUCCUCGCCGCAGCCUCGGUUGCGGCGCUCUGUCUGUCUCCUUCUUUCUCCCUCUCCCCGGCGAGAGGAGAGAGCCGCCGCCAUGUCCGGGCUCUACAGCCAGCAAGGGUUCUCCCCUGCGAGGAACCUAUCCCCUCAGAUUAGAAGCAACCCGGAUGUCGACAGUCAGUAUCUGGCCGAGCUGCUCGCCGAGCACCAGAAGCUGGGGCCUUUCACGCAGGUUCUGCCCAUCUGCAGCAAGCUGUUAAGCCAAGAAAUUAUGCGGGUAUCAAACUCUGCCCACAACCCUGGAUUUAGUGAUUUUGACAGGCAUCGGUUCAGAAGUCCUAGUCCAAUGUCUUCACCAAAUCCAAGAUCCAAUCUCUCUGGCAACGGAUUCAGUCCCUGGAAUGGACUACACCAAGAGAGAUUAGGUUUUCCUCAAGGAAACAAUAUGGAUUGGCAAGGAGCACCACCAAGCCCUAGCUCUCAUGCCGUAAAGAAGAUUCUACGCUUGGAGGUCCCAGUUGAUUCUUAUCCGAGUUUCAAUUUUGUGGGCCGCAUUCUAGGACCUAGAGGUAAUUCUCUCAAACGGGUUGAAGCAUCUACUGGUUGUCGUGUUUUCAUCAGAGGAAAGGGUUCAAUCAAAGAUCCAGGGAAGGAGGACAAACUACGAGGAAAACCAGGCUAUGAGCAUCUCAGUGAACAACUACAUAUCUUGAUAGAGGCUGAGUUCCCAGCCAGUAUUAUUGAUGCCAGACUGAGACAUGCACAGGAAAUCAUAGAGGAAUUGCUAAAACCAGUGGAUGAGACACAGGAUUUCUACAAGAGGCAGCAGCUCAGGGAGCUGGCGAUGCUUAACUCAACCCUGCGUGAGGACAGCCCUCAUCCAGGAAGUGUAUCCCCUCAUCCAGGAAGCAUAUCCCCAUUCAGUAAUGGUGGUAUGAAACGUGCGAAAACAGGCCAGUAGGGAACCAACUCCCCCAACCGUUACUGGUAUUGUCCAGGUGCCUUAUCCCCCUAUGGGACGCCAUGUCUUGGGGACAUUUGCCGCGGGUGCACGUGAAGGAAGCGACACCUGUGUUCGCUAGCCGAGUCUGGUUUGAGUCGUGGUUUCUCCUACUGACUAAGGGAAAUCGCUGGGACAUUGGCAGUAGUCCUGGGUCCUUGGGUUGAUCCAGCUUUGGUUGAUGUAAGGUCGUCUAGAACAUUCUCUUUAUUUGUUAAUUGACUGUUAACCCUAGUAUGUGGUGCUAUGGUAGGUGGAUCUCCAUGACAGACUAGAGAGGCCCGAGUAUGUGAGCUUUCCUGUUUUCCUUUCACCCCUUCUAGGUGUUUGAUUUUCCCUGUAUAUUAUUAUAUCCCUUCUACAUUAUGGAGUCGCGGAUAAUAAUCCAAUAAAAAGAGGUAUAAGGAUCA